AUGUCUGACGGUCUCUCUGAGGCGGAUAAGAUCCGCAACAAGCGUCUGGCAAAAUUGGGAAACCCAACUCCAUCGUCGCAAGCCGAGGGUGCUGCAGAGUCAGCUUCAAACCAAGCCCCAGCCCCGUCUCAACCUGCUCCGAAUCGUGGAGCUUCGGGAUCACAGUCCCGUAUCGGAAGUGUAGCUGGUUCCCGUCCGUCUUCACCUCGCCCCGAUGGGCCACAAACAGAAGGGAAGCGGAUCAAAAUCACACCCGUAGCGUCCACCAGCAAUGUCGCUGCCGAGCGAUCACGACCGGCCACUCCCGUUUCCAACACCCAUACACCCCCGAAAGCAGAAGAGAGCAUCGAGGCCUUUGAGGAUCGUACAUUGAGUGCUGUAUUCAAGUUGACACUGAAUGAGGAUCGACAUCAGGAUAUCCACGCUCAGAGGUUGACCUUCUUACCGGCACUACGCAGCGAGCUCGAAGAUGAUGGCCGGGAAUUGCGCAUCGACACGUCGGUUUUGGAUCAGGCUAUUUUGGAAGCGGCUUCCAAUGUCCCCGGCCAGAAACCACUUGAUUACUUGCUACCGUGUUGGAAGAGGGUAUCCCGGUUGCACAAAGGGUUUCGCCGGUCUCGAGAUGAUGAUCCUAAGUACCUUGUUCUAUGUGAGGCUCGUCGACUGUGCUUAAGUUAUUGCAUCUUUGCGAUAACAAUGCCCGAAAUGUUUGGGCUUGAUCCGUCGGGACGAUCACCCCUGAAGCCCUAUUUACUCUUGGAUGUCGACAGCGAGAAGGGUUUGGACCUUGAGUUCAUAGGCGAGGUUGUCAAGAGAUUUGAUGAGGACGAGAGUAUCAAGCCGGCCAUUGUGACCGCUGUAGAGGAAAUGAGUCGGGAGCUGGCCGCCUUGAAUAUCACCGAUGAUUACAAGCCCUAUGUCACAGCUUUGCAAAAUCUUGUCCGCCACGCCAGUAUCGGCACUGCUAUCACAGAGUCUUCCAUGUUUAAUGCCUCUCGCGACCCUGCUUUAUUUGAGAAGGAGACUUUGCUGGGGCCGUGGUUUGGCCUGUCACCACUGCAGGGCAGUGCCACCAUGUCAUAUUUUUCGAGUCCAAAGACGAAGGACCAAACGUAUAUUCUCAACACCCAGCAAUCGCUUCGGAUGAUGCAGCGGCUAAUUAGCACCGACCUCCUGGACAUAAUAAACCACAUGGUCCGGGCAUCUAAAGAAGCCAGGGAAAAAAUCCUAGACUGGUUUGCUGCGGCGUUGAAUAUCAAUCACAAGCGACGAGCCAUGCAAGUAGACCCCAACACCGUGUCGUCUGAUGGAUUUAUGCUCAAUCUUACGACGUGCUUGGACCAGCUCUGUGAGCCCUUCAUGGACGCGAGUUUCACCAAGAUCGAUCGGAUUGAUGCAAAUUACCUGCGCCGCAGCCCCCGAAUUGACCUGAGCGAUGAGACUAAGAUCAAUGCUGACAAACAUGCCUCGGAUGCUUUCUAUUCGAAGAAGGCCGAAGGCACUUCCAAUUUCAUCACGGAGAUCUUCUUUCUCACUGUCGCGGCCCAUCACUAUGGCAGUGAAUCCUUGACCUCGAAAUUGGAUCAGCUAGAGAAAGACCUGCGACAUAUGGAAUCCACCAUCACCAAGUUUGAGUCGGAACGGCAUAAAUAUGUGAACAAUCCAAUGCAGUUGAGAGUGUUUGAGCAGGCUUUGAAAAAAUACAAGGACAAAUUAGAUCUUGGCCUUGCGCUGAAGUAUAGCCUCCAAGGGGUAUUAUUCGACGAUCAGUGGCAGGCCCGCUCCAUGUUGUUUAUGCGCUACGUUAUUGUUUGGCUGCUUCGACUCGUAUCUGGUGGAAAUUUCCCCAACGAAGAAAUUAAACUGCCCCUCCCAGAGCAACAACCAGAAGUCUUCCAGUGCCUGCCCGAAUAUUUUGUGGAUGACGUUGUCAGCAACUUCAAAUUCAUCAUGUGGUGCAUGCCUCACAUCAUUACCGCUACGCAGGGAGAUGAGCUAGUCAUGCUCUGCAUAACCUUCUUGGAAAGUUCUGGUUAUAUCAAGAACCCCUAUCUCAAAGCAGGACUUGUUUCUAUCCUAUUUCGAGGCACAUGGCCGCGCCCUGGUGGCGCUCGUGGUGUCCUCGUUGAUCUCCUUAACUCCAUGCCAUUCGCCAACGAUUACCUGCUACACGCCCUGAUGAAGUUCUACAUCGAGGCCGAGCACACGGGUACCCACACCCAGUUCUUUGACAAGUUCAACAUCCGAUUCGAGAUCUUCCAGAUCAUUAAGUGUAUCUGGCCCAACACACUGUACCGGAACAAGCUAUACAACCAGUCCCAAAAGAACCUGGACUUUUUCGUCCAAUUUGUGAACCUGCUCCUUAACGAUGUGACGUUCGUGCUCGACGAGUCGUUCGGUGCAUUCAUUACCAUCCAUAAGACACAAACUGAGCUGCGCAACGAAGGCGCCAGUAUGGAUCCUGCCGUGCGUCAGCAAAAAGAGGAGCAUCUGGCGUCUGCCCAGCGCAAUGCGAAGUCCUACAUGCAGCUCACGAAUGUCACGGUUUCCAUGCUGAAGCUCUUUACGGACGCCUUGGCAGAUUCGUUCACCAUGCCUGAAAUUGUCCAGCGGCUGGCGGACAUGCUGGACUACAAUCUAGAUGCCAUGGUGGGACCGAAGAGCUCCAGCCUGCGCGUGGAUAACCUGCAGGAAUACGGGUUUAAUCCGCGAGCCUUGCUGAGUGAGAUAGUCGAUGUGUACCUGAACUUGAUAAGUAAAGAGAACUUUAUCAUCGCCGUCGCGCGCGACGGACGAUCAUACAAGCCGGCGAACUUUGAAAAGGCGGCGGAGAUUCUGCGGAAGUGGUCGCUGAAAUCUCCGGAUGAGUUCAAAAGCUGGGAGAAAUUCCAAACUAUGGUAAAAGAGGCCAAGCAAGCCGACGACCAAGCGGAAGAGGAUCUCGGGGAGAUCCCCGAUGAAUUCUUGGAUCCCUUGAUGUACACCCUGAUGGAAGACCCAGUCAUCCUGCCUGGAUCGCGGGUGUCCAUUGACCGUUCCACUAUUCGUUCUCACCUCUUGAGUGACCCGCACGACCCGUUCAACCGAGUUCCACUCAAGAUAGAGGACGUCACGCCAGAUAUGGAGCUUAAAGCUAAGAUCGAGGCAUUCAAGACGGAGAGAAUUGCCGAGCGAAGAAAGGCGAGGGUCCAGGAGGUGUCCCAGUCGAUGGACACGUCUGCCGGUUAA